UUGCAAUACAUAAAAAAGUGGGGCAGAAAAAAACGAUUAAAAAAUAAAAGGGACUAGCUUUCAGUUAAUUCUACCUUCACAACACACAAGAGAAGUACCCGCCAAAUGGGGUGCAGGAUAAACAACUCAAAUCCUCCUCCAGUUCUUUGGAAAUUCUCAACACAAAGGCAAAGGCCUAUAACAAAAACCAUCUCCUUCUCUUCCCCUUCCAACAGUCAAAACCAACAAGAACUUGCUCCCAUCACUGCAGCCACUCAAACCCAACACCCAAAAUCGAAACUUUAUACUGUUAAGUUCAGGACUUUGAGUGCCUGCAAGCUUGGCAUAUCCAUAUAUCCAGACUUUGAAUACAAUGCUGAAGGUGGGAAGGGAACUGGGUCUGGUGCCAAGGUCGCAGAAAGCAACUUGAGCGAUGAAGUUUCGGUGUCAUUUGAUCUUGAAACACUCUACAUCCCACCAUUGAAGAGUGCAACAACAAGGUUCUUGGGACUGCCAUUGCCACCAUUUUUAAAGAUUGACAUUGUCCCCGAGCUCUUCAGUGGGAGCAUCAAUCAAGAAUCUGGCCAGGUUGAUCUUGAAUUCGAGGCAAAGUUCUGGUUUUCUGUAGGGAGUAUCUAUAAGGCGGCUCCGCUGCUGGUGAAAACGGUCUUGACAUCUGAAGAAUCAAAAGGAUCAAUAAAAAGUGGAAAAGGCAAGAGGUUGGAUGAACAAGGAAAGUGCAGAUUGGUUGGGGUGGCAACUGUUGAUCCUAUUGAUGACUUUCUGAUUAACUCCUUCCUUGGCCUACCCACUGAAUGCCUUGCCGACCUCAAUGCUAUCAUUUCCUUGUCUUAGUUCUUAGUGGUUUCAAGAGAGACAAUCAUUCCUUUUUCUGUAGUAAUUUUGCAUAAUCAAAGCCAAA